AUGAAGUUGAUUUUAUUAUUCGCUAUAUUAACUACCUCCCUGGCUGCCUUAAAAAUCCUGAUAUUCAACCCCGCAUUCGGGUACAGCCAGUCGAGGUUCAUGGGCGUGAUUGCGGAUGUUUUGAGUGAAGCCGGGCAUGAUUUUACCGAAAUCCGGCCCACGAUUGACACGCGGCUGCUCGAUAAGUGGGUGUCGAACACGCAAAAAGUUUUGCGAUUUCCUGUGCACCCGGAAGUUGAUUCAAUCAUGACAGAUUUUUAUGGCCCGGAUGGAUUUAUGGGAUUGAUGUGGACAAUGGAUCUUGGGCCCGAUAAAGCCCAAGUGCUCGCCGUCAACAUGACCGAGAUGUUCACCCGUGCCUGCGAUCAUCUGGUGCUAGAAACCGACCUAUUCGAGCAGCUCAAAAAGGAGAAAUUUGACGUCGGGUUGAGCGAGUCGUUCGACAAUUGUGGGCACGGAAUCUUCGAGGGUAUAAAGCUAAAAAAUGUGAUUACCACCUCGAGCAUGCCAGUGAUGGACCAUCAGGCAUUGUUAUUAGGAAUACCCAGAGUUCCUAGCUACGUUCCAGGAACCCAAGCCCCAUUCUCGGACCAAAUGUCCAUCGGUCAGCGCGCCUUCAACACGCUGAUGUCACACUACGGAGCUCAGAUGUUCCUCGACAUGGCCGAAAAGCAGACGAAGGCGUUUAGGAGGAAAUUCGGCGGAGAUUUCCCUGAGAUUCAGGAUCUAAUCUCGAGCUCAGCGAUGUUAUUUACAAAUGCCCAACCCUUUCUCGAUUUUCCGAGACCAACAAUUCACAAAGUCGUCGACCUGGGCGGUAUACACAUUAAUGAGACAGUUGUGGAUGAGAAUAAGGAUUUCGACAAAAUUCUCUCGAGAAAGCCGAAAACCGUCUUGAUCUCCUUCGGUUCGGUCGCCAAAUCCUAUUUGAUGCCUGAUAGUUAUAAGAAGUCAAUUAUUACGGCUGUCAAAUCACUGCCAGACGUCCAAUUCAUUUGGAAGUACGAGGAGGACGACCUCAAGUCGUGGGACCUGCCGGAAAACCUGUAUUUGAGCAAAUGGGUUCCGCAGGCGUCGCUUUUAGCUGAUCCUCGUCUGAAGCUAUUCGUCACGCACGGAGGACUGGCAAGCGUAACAGAAGUUGCCUAUAGUGGAAUGCCAGCCAUCGUGGUCCCUCUUUUUGCUGAUCAACCCCGAAACGCCUACAUGAUCGCCAGGCAGCAAUCAGCCGAGGUUUUCUCGAAAUUCGAUCUAGACAAACCGGAAAAAUUUGCUGCGGUCAUUAGAAAAAUCCUAGUGGAUUCAAGGUACCAAGAAAAAGCCACUUUCUUAUCUGAACUCUUGAAAAAUUCCCCAUUCACGCCAAAGGAACUAUUGCUGCGCAACGUGGAGUUUGUGGCCAGAUUCGGCGCCCUGCCCCAACUCGAUCCCUACGCGAGACACCUCACCUUCGUCCACGUACCCGGAAGCCGUCCGAGCGGAGAAUCCCGAACAUACCGGGCCCAAGAUGGAGCUCCACAACUGACACCGUGCAUGAUGCGCCGGCCAUUUGUUUGCUUCGCCUACGAUGCCCUGAACAAGCCGUACCCCAAAUUCCCACCGAACGAGAUCCCUGAAAAAACGCAAAAGGCAUGU